GCGUAAACAAUAUUUACCCACGUUGAAAUGACCCCUUAAAUUGAAUGUCAAUUUCAUGUUCCAUAAGACAAGAUUUUCUAUGAGGCGUGACAGCUAAUUUUUACGCUCGUUCGGAAAUCGAAGUAAUCUGUCGUUCCUGAUACUGAAUAAAUUGAUACGAAUAAUCUUUUAAAGAUACGUUGGUAUGUUAUGUAACUCAUCCAUAACUCUGGAGAUGGAAGAAGUCAAAACUUUACGUAACAGAUAUCAUGGAUUACUUUUUUAAAAGUGAAUCAAUCUCGCCUUCAUCAGAAUUCUCGCUCUGAUGUCCAAGAUGAAACGAUCACUAGUCCUUACGUUAGUGUUGAUUUCUUUCAUGCAAUCAUUUGCUUUUUCCGUUCUCACGGACAACAAAAAUAACAAUUUAACUCAACUGGACGUAAGUGGACUUGACUCGGAAAAUGUAGACGUUUUCCGGCAGCUUCUGAACCAAGAGACACUCAUCAGAAUGGCCCUUGUAAAGAAUGUGCACGCCUUGAUGAAAGACAUGGUCGAUCUGAAGCAAACCAUGAAGACGUUAGAAGCCACACAGCAGAAAACGGAUUUAGAAGUGACAAACUUACAACAGGAAGUAGAUUCACUGAAGCGUGAAAACCAGAAACUUGACCUUGAAAACAGGAAGUAUGAGGACACGUUGAACACCGUCAAACAAAACUUUACACAGAUCAACGACCAUUUUCAGGAGUUUGUAUUGCAGUUGGAGGAGAAAAGAGAAACAUUUGAGAGAAACACUAGCACGGUACUCGGUGAUUUAAAAGUGGAAGUUCGCUAUCUCUCAAUCACUCUUCUUGACCUGAAUAAACACACGUUAGAAGUGGACAGGGGUAUUUCUGAGAUGAUAGAGGAAAAGUAUGAAGCAUUAUCGAACGGACUGAAUAAUACCCUGGAAAGUCUUAACAACGAUUUGACAACAACAAACAUUAAAAUAUCUGGCCUCGAAAACUUGCAAAAAACUCAAAUCACUUCAAUAUUUGAUGAAGUCAAUAAAACCAUUGUGAACCUGAAGGCGGAAGUUAAGGAAUCUCAGUUUGAUCAAAUGAAGCUCUCCUCUACAGUGUCGGCUCUGGAGGUGUUCCGAAUGAAUAUGACAAGCAACAAAUGCGACGGGUCCAAAAAGGUGGCCUUUACUGCCUCCGUGUCAUCAUCAAGUAGUUCCUGGAACAGCGGUACCUUGGUGUUUCCCGUGGUCAUCACUAAUGUGGGAAACGGAUACAACCCCAGCAACGGAAUAUUUACCGCUCCUACCAACGGGAACUACGUGUUUUUCGUGAAUGUGCAGAGUUAUGGUUCACAAACCAUUUAUGUAGAUAUUGUGUUAAAUGGAUCAACAAAAGUCAGAACUAUGGCCUAUAAUAGUGGUGGUCGUGGAGCUCAUGACGCUGGGCCUAACUUGGUAGUCUUAACUCUUCAGAAGGGAGACACGGUGUGGGUCAGACAUUACUCUGGAAAAGGUUACUACACCGACGGGUAUAUUACCACAUUCUCCGGUUUUCUCAUAUGAUUGACUAGUUUAACCAAUUUUUCUGUACAGUGUAAUCAAUAAUAUAUACAUGUACUAUCCCUAUUAACAUGAUUGAUCUUGUUAUUUCUUGUAAUUUGCCAACUAUUUGUGUAAGUAUGGCUAUGUACCGAUAACAAACAUCGUGAGUUCAACCUUUACAGGGCAUGUUAUGCUUCACUAGAUUUGUAUUAUAUGAAUGAAUUGUAGAUAAACUGAGCUUUCGAAAUUAC